UUGACACUCGUGUCAAUUUAAGUUUUUAAAUGUGCAUCUUAGAAUCAAUGAAAUACAGUCAUGUGCCACAUAAUGACAUUCCAGUCAACAACAGACCACAUAAUACGACAGUGGUCCCAUAACAAUGGAGCUAAAAAAUUCUUAAUCACCUAGUGACACAGCCAUCAUAAGGUCACACAGCACAAUGCAUUAUUCACGUGUUUGUGGUGAUGCUUGUGUCAACAAACAUCUGCCGGUCAUAUAAAAGUAUAACACCUGCCAUUAUACGCUACAUAAUACUUGGUAAUAAAUGUUGCUAGUUUAUGAAUUUACUAUACUUUUUAUUAUUUUAGAAUGUAUUCUUUUUACUUAUAAAAAUUUUCUGUAAAACAGUAUGCCGUGUUAUGCUGGCAGCAGCCUCAUACAUCUUCUGCUUACGGAGUCUCUUGAUUUUAUCAUUUUCUGUUGUGCUUGAUUUAAUCUCGUGUGGUUUUAUACAGUAACGUACCGUAUAGGCUUGUAGCCUAGGAGCAGUAGGCUGUGCUGUACAGUCCAGCCGUGCAGUAGGCUGUACCAGCUAGGUGUGUAAGUGCUCUCUGUGAUGAGACACACAAUGACACACAAUGACAAAAUCACCUAAGGAGGCAUUUCUCAGAACAGAUCCCCGUCGUUAAGUGGCUCAUGACUGUAUUAUAAAAUGAACUGUUGUAAAAGUACUAACUGGAAAUUAGAAGGUUGAAAUAGAGGUAAUCCUGCCUAUUUGGCCGUGGGCUUUGCCACUUACUAGUUUUCUCAGAACAAAUUUCUAAAACUGUACCCGUUUUAUCACUUGGAAUUAAGCUGGACUGAGAUCACAUUUUGAAACACUUUGCAACCUGCUACUGCUGGUCAUACUUUGGUCUUACAUGGUGGGGGGCGGACAACUGUAAAUCCCUGAAAAGGGGUCUUGUUUAGAAACAUGGGGCUAGCUAGCUCAGAGCUCCUGCUUCUGAUGUAUACGUAUAUCUGGGGAGGUGGCAGGAGAUUGGGCCAGCAGGAAAGGGCCUGCUUGGCCCCUGACUGGUCUCAAAUGAAAAGCUACCUUUCUGUAUUUGAUUCCCUCACCUUAUAGACUCAUCAUUUUCUCUCGGAACUUGCAUAUCUUGUGCUGUGCUGAUAAUCCUCUUUCUACAGCCAGAAAAACAGGAAUCGGGAAUGGAAGUUAGGAAGAAACCAUUAGCUUUGGUGGGACUUGGUCAUGAAGAAGCUGUGAUUGCUUCCAGAGAAGUAAGUCCACUGCAAGGAAAAGCUUUCAGAAAAGGGGGAUGACAUGAGAAUGUAUUUGGUGGUUCAGCAGGUCUGUCUCUUGCUCCAACAGUGUUUGCCAGGGACACCCCUUCUUCCAGCCUCCAACCACCCUCCAGCCUCUCCUAGUCACAACCUUCAGAACUAUCUCAGGGAUCCUUGGCCUCUGGGACCAACCAACACUGUUUUUUGAGCUUAACUCUGGAAGCAACAAUGAGCUCCCAGAUUUGUCAAUUAUUCCAAGAUGCAGGCCACUGUCAACUACCUGGUCAACAUCUGUGGGCCUCCUCUACCUACUCUCUGGGCUUCUAUUUUGAUCCAACAAUAUGACUGGGGGGAAAGGGCUACUUCUCAAGUUUGCUGAGGAGAAGCCCAGGGGGCUUAAAGAUGCAAAAUAAGUGCUGUGGCCACACCGUCUUCAGGAUGUGCAUUCCAAGAUGAGUGGAAUAAAACUCAGGAUGCCAUGGAAGCAGCCACGGUCAUGGAGAAGAACCUGAACCAGGCCCUUUUAGAUCUGCAUGCCCUGAGUUCUACCCAUACAUACCCCAUCUCUGAAUUCCUGGAGAAUCACUUCCUAGAUGAGGGUGUGGAAUUUUUCAAGAAGACGAGCGACCACCUGCAGGCCGCCUGGCCCCCAGGCUGGGCUAAGCAAGUAUCUUUUCAAAAGGCUCACCCUCAAGCACGACUAGGAUCCUCCAGAGCCCAGAGGCCUUUGAGGGGCCUGUCUGCACACCCCGCUGUUGGGUUUCUGCCUGAGCCUCUCCCUGCAACUACUAAACAGCCUUUCAACCACGCUGGAGGCCUCUUUCAUGCCCUGGACCAAAUGGAAACACGCUUUUUGCAAAGAGAAGAAAAAGGAUGCUUUCCUUGCACAUAAAUGCAGACUGCUUCCUCUCCCAGGUGUUCCAGGAAUGGAGAAUGACAUCCAUUUGGGCAAAACAAGAGUGAACAAGAUGACACUUCCUUGCCAGAGGCUAAAAUGCCCAAUGAUAGAGUAUGUGAUACAGGCCUAGCUAGCCUAGGAGGCAGAAAAACAAGUGUAGUGUUAGAGACGUGCCGAUGCACAUACAAUGAGGUGGAGAAGACACAUUUUUAUCAAGCCAGGGUUUCCUCUCAAAGAUGACCAGCCCUUCCCCACCCGUUCUCCAGACCUGCCCAGGCCUGUAGUUGCUGCCCAGGGAGUUAAGGCUCCUCCCCCAAACAAACGAUAUUGUAGACCCAAUAAACCUGGACUUUCCUCUCUGCCUCUGGCUUUGCUUCAUCCUCCUCUCCUGCUCUCAGUCCUGUCGUCUCCAAGUUUUGGCUGCUGUCAGGCCAUCCAUCCCAUGGCCUCCCACUCUGGGGAGCCAGCACUCCUGCCCUGUGGAUCCUGUGACAUGGUUUUCCGGUCCUGGUCCCUGUUGGCCACCCACACGCAGCGCUUCUGCAUUGGCCGUGUGGCCCAGGAGGUGACACUUGGAGCACAGCCCUCAAAAGCCACUGCACCACAAAGCCCCAUGGUUGUGCCACAAGAACACCAGCUCCUCGCAGACCAGGAGGCCAGCAAAUCGGCUCUACGGAGGCUAACAGAGGAGGUGCAGCGGCUGCGGCUGUACCUGCUGGAAAUGCAAGCGCGGAUAACAGAGGUUCCCAAGGGGUCAGAGGGGCCCUGGAGGCGUUCAGAGGCGCCAACUCAGGUCCUCAACUCCGAGGCUGCUGGGAGCCCCGGCGAACGGCUGCGGACGCUGCACCGGACUCAUGCAAGGCGCAUGGCAGAGACCGAGGCACAGAGCCGUGCCCUGGAGCUACGCGGCGAGGAACUGAACCGGCACCUUCAAGGUUUGUCCGGGACCCGGGGCGGUUUAUCACGCCUAUUAGGCCUGGAGCGGGAGCUUCGAGAACUCCGGUCAGAGGCCGGGCGAACAAGGGGGAUUCUAGAGGUGUUACAAACGUGCUUUCAGCAGCUACAGCCAGAGGCAGGGACCCGGACGAACUCCCUGCGAGAGGCAGAACUCUGGGGUCCGGCGCUGCAGGCCAACCCGGGGACUCUGGCUGCCGAGAUCCGGGCCCUGCAUGAGGCCUACAUUCGAGGUGGGGGCCGGGACCGCGGCGUUCUAGGCCAGAUAUGGAAGUUACAAGUGGAGGCGUCAGCUCUGGAACUUCGGAAAUCGCUGACCCGCAGGGGAAGACCCACAGGUUCCACGUUUCGGGAGCUUCUAGUAGUGGAGGCCGAAAACCGGCGCCUGGAGGCAGAAAUCCUGGCUUUGCAGAUGCAGAGUGGUACAGGCCAGGCGCCCUGGGGGCCCGGACACCCGCGACUUGUGGCCAAUCCCAGCCCUCGCCUGGGAAGGAGGGAAGAUCCUCCACACUUCCCACCACCAGUGGCACCGCCGCUGCACCCGCUUCCUGGAAGAUUCAACUCUUCUCUACAAUCACAGCUUUCUGGAGCCAAGACUAGAAACCUGGGCCUGGGUCCUCACUUCCUCCUGCCCACAAUCAACGUUCUGGGUCCUGCACCCUACGACCCUGGGGCUGGCCUGGUCGUUUUCUAUGACUUCCUGCGGGGCCUUGAGGCUUCUUGGAUUUGGGUGCAACUAAUGACUGGCGUGGUCCGAGAUGGACAGGAUACAGGAGGGACCACAAUGUUGCCCCCAGCUCUUUGCUUGCCCCCACCUCCAGCUCCUGGGCCCAUGGGCAACUGUGCCAUCCUUGCCAGCAGGCAACCUGUACCCAGACUACCACCCUCACCAUCAGUAUCCUUGGUCUGUGAGCUGUAUGCCUGGCAGGGGCUCGCAGGGGCUAGGGCACCACAGCCAAAGGCCUGGGCCUCUGGUGCUUUUGACCGGGAUCAGAGGGUGCUAAGUGGCCACUGGCGUCUCCCACUUCGGGCCCUUCCUCUGGACCCCAGCCUUAGCCCUGGGCAGCUGAAUGGAAUUCCCCAGGUAUGUCAGGCUGAGCUCUUUUUACGGAUGGUGAAUGCGAGAGAUGCAGAUGUCCAGACAUGGGCAGAAAUCAAUCCAGCAAGUGCCCACGAGUACCAGUACCCACCUCCGGUGUCCAGGUCAUCUUCACUGGAAGCCAGCUCCCUUGACCCAAUAGCUGGCUUUGUUGAUCCCCCACCUCCUGCAGAAGAGCCCCUUGGCAGCAGUCAAGGGUAGAGAUAAGGGUUUGACGCGUACCACUGCUUUGACCCACCCCCACUGGCUGUCUCAGUCCAGGAGAAUGUGGGAAUAGCUUACUAUGUUAUGUACAAGACUAGGGCCUAGACUGAGGCCCUAGUCCCAGACCUGCAGCUUCAUUGUUCUGGAAGAGCCUAAAAGCAAAUAGAGGAGCACAAAAUAUGAGCUCCAACCGUAUCUUUACUACUUGUCCUUUCUUUACCUGUUUUCUUUUUGUAGAACAGUUGAUGUGAAGAUUGAGUAUGUCAGGUAUUUGCAGUUAUCAUAACCUGGCCUAUAGCAAGUUCUUGGAAAGGUUACUGAGGGGGUACUGUUUAUUCCAGCUAAAAGAACUUGAUAAACUCAUUCCCACCUGUGUUUUGCUAAAGCCAGUUUUACUGCCACACUUCUUUCAACUCCAAGCUUUUUCAGGACAUCCUCCAGGAUGCCCUUCCAGGCCCCUCAAAGUCCCCAUAAACAGAAAGCUCCUGUAGCCUUAUAUACCUAGAUUUAAGGGCAGGGCCCC